AUGGAUAAAAUAAAAACAGUCCAUGAUGGCUGUAAAGAUUUCGCAUGCGUCAAGUGCGGAGAAAAAUUUAAAAUAAAAUCAGAUUUAAUUAGGCACCAAAUUAAGGUCCAUGAUUUUGGGAAAAAAUUUGUACAAAAACCGAAUAUUUUCCCCCGACAAAAGACAGUACACGAAGGUCGGGAAGAUCUCACAUGUAACAAGUGUGAGAAGGAGUUUGGACGUAAAUAUCACUUGCUUAUCCACCAAAGGACGAUCCAUGAAGGUCUCAGGGACUAUGCGUGUGACCGAUGCGAGAAAAAGUUCGGAGAAAAAUCAAAAUUAUUCAGACAUCAAAAGACGGUCCAUGAAAAUCGCAAAGAUUACGCAUGUGACGAUUGUGGGCAGAAAUUUGGACACAAAUGGAGUUUAGUUCAUCAUCAUAAGACAAUACACGAAGGUCGUAAAGAUUACGCAUGUGACGAUUGUGAGAAGAAAUUUGUACGAAAAGAUGAAUUGGGUCUACACCAAAAGACAGUCCACGAAGGUCGUAAAGACUACGCAUGUGAGAAUUGCGAAAAGAAAUUUACAGAAAACAAGGUUUUGCUAAGCCACUUAAAGGUAGUACACGAAAAACAAAAAGAUUUUGCAUGUGACAAGUGCAAAAAAAAAUUUGGAAAAAAAUCGAAUUUGCUCUCUCACCAAAACACAGUACACGACGGUCAGAAAUAUUUCACAUGUAACAAAUGCGAAAAACAAUUUGGAAAAAAAAGUAAUUUGAUUAGACACCAAAAUAUAAUCCACGAUGGUCACAGGGAUUAUGUAUGCAAUAAAUGCGCGCAGAAAUUUGGACUAAAACAGCAUCUGCUUUUGCACCAAAAGACAGUACAUGAGGGUCACAAAGAUUACGCAUGCGACAAAUGUGAGAAGGAAUAUACAGAACGAUGCAGUUUGAUAAAACACCAGAAGACAGUCCACGAAGGUCGGAAAGAUUACGCAUGUGACAAGUGCGGUAUGAAAUUCGGACUUAAAUGGACUAUGAUUCAGCACCAAAAGAUAAUUCAUGAAGGUUGCAAAGAUUUCGCGUGCGAUAAGUGUGAUAAGAAAUUUGGAAAACGAAGUAAUUUGAAUGAACACCAAAAAUUAGUCCACCAAGAAGUCUUCAUUGCAUCCAAUCCUCCUGACAAAACUCACGCUCUUACGGCUUACUACGAUCGUGAAGCAAGUUCCUUGUAG